AUGCCGCUUGCAUCAAAGGCACGCGUUUAUUAUGACAUCAAUAUGUCUAAACCUCGCGAAUACUGGGAUUAUGAAAAUUCAAUCAUUGAAUGGGGUAGCCAUGACGAUUAUCAGCUCGUUAGGAAAUUAGGCAGAGGUAAAUAUAGUGAAGUUUUUGAGGGUAUUAAUAUUGCUACAAAUGAAAAAUGUGUCGUCAAGAUAUUAAAACCAGUUAAAAAGAAGAAAAUUAAAAGAGAAAUUAAAAUUCUAGAAAAUUUAAGAGGUGGAACUAAUAUUAUUGCAUUACAAGCCGUUGUUAAAGAUCCAAUCUCAAGGACGCCAGCAUUGGUAUUUGAAUAUGUUAAUAAUGUUGACUUCAAAAUAUUAUAUCAAACAUUGACAGACUAUGAUAUUAGAUAUUACCUCUAUGAACUACUAAAAGCCAUCGACUAUUCACAUUCAAUGGGUAUUAUGCAUAGGGACGUUAAACCUCACAAUGUUAUGAUUGACCAUGAAAAAAGAAAAUUACGUCUCAUAGAUUGGGGUUUAGCUGAAUUUUAUCACCCUGGCCAAGAAUAUAAUGUCCGCGUUGCAUCACGUUAUUUUAAAGGACCAGAAUUAUUAGUUGAUUAUCAAAUGUAUGAUUAUAGUUUAGACAUGUGGUCAUUAGGUUGUGUUUUUGCAUCAAUGAUCUUCAGAAAGGAACCAUUUUUUCAUGGUCAUGACAAUUAUGAUCAAUUAGUGCGCAUUGCAAAAGUAUUGGGCACCAAAGAAUUAUAUGAAUAUUUAGAACGUUAUCAAAUUGAAUUAGAUCCACGCUUCAAUGAUAUACUAGGCUCACAUACAAGAAAAAGAUGGGAACGUUUUGUACAUCAAGAGAACCAACAUUUAGUUACGCCAGAUGCGCUGGAUUUUUUGGAUAAGUUGUUACGUUAUGAUCAUCGGGAGAGAAUGACAGCUCGUGAAGCAAUGCAGCACCCGUAUUUUCAUCAAGUCGUAGCCAACCAACAGCAACAGCAGCAACAACAACAGCAACAGCAACAGUCAUAA